UUUUUUUUUUGUUUGUUCGUUGUGAAUCAGUGAGUGUAUCUGUGUUCGAACGCUGGUGGUAUAUCUGAACCGAGCCGAGUGGCGAGCGAGCCGGUGUUGAGGCUUAAAAUUAAAAUCAAACUUUAAAUGAAUUUCAGUUACGUUUGAAACUUUUACCCAGCCAGUUGUGUGUGCGUUUUCCCCCAAAAAAAAUACAUUUCUGGUUCCGAAAAUCGAGACAACAUCUUUUGGAAUGGCCAAAAACUAAACGACAAGAAAAUUAUUACAGCUCGUCCGUCGUCCAGACAAAAAAAAAAGUGAUUAAGCUGACCAGCUAGGCGGGCACACAAACGUCCGACACAACAACGUUGUUUGCAUAUUUAAAUUGUGGCAGAUAGAAACAAAAAAAAAAAAUAAAUAAAAAAGAAAAGAAAAAGCCAAGCAGAAAUAGAUAUCUUUCAAACAUUUUGAGAAUUUUAAAUAGUCCAUCAUCAAAAAAAAACCUUGAUUGUCAUCAAAUACGAAAAAAAUACGAAAUUUGUAACAUUUUUUAUGUGUGAUUUUUUUUUGAAAAGAAAGUGAAAAUUCUCUCUGAGAAUUUUGUGAAUAAAAAUUCAGAAACAAGUGUGUGUGUGUCUGUCUCGUUAGAUCGAUCGGUCAUUGACUGCUGUUGACGGCUGUAAACGUUUCCAGUGGAUAUUUAUUGCAAAGUUCGUUCGUUCGUUUAAAAUGAAAGUUUUGUCGGUGGUGCUUCUGAGCACCCUGUGCUGCUGGGCAGCUGUAAAUGCCCAAGGAUUUAAUAACCCCAAACAACGCGGAGCUAAUGAUGUGUUCGUGGGAUGUAUUGGAUUACCAACCGAUGACAAGAUUUGUUUGCACAUGCCUCCCUUUCACAAUCACUUCCGUCGCCAAUUGAACGUACAACAGCAUAUUUUGAGCGAUGUCCAUCAACAUCAUACCCAGCCAAGACAAAAUCAAGGUCUUUUCUUGCAACAAUCGCCCAGUGUUGAGGUUCCACUGCCACAAACCCAGCAGCAAAGAAAUCAUCAACGAUUCCCGGCAUCGGGACCCAAUCCCUUCAAUGGCGGUAAUCAACAAUUCCAGAGAUCAACCCACAAUCAAGUGCAUGUUCCCCUGCAACCACAGCAACAACAACAGCAGCAGCAACAUCACUAUCAACCUCAGCAACCCCAACAAUUCCAACAUCCCCAACAAAUACAGCACCAACAACAGCAACAACCUCCUGCCGCCGGUGGCCAACUUGAUCUACAUCAACAAAAUUUCCUAGCUUUACGAAACUUUGCCAGCCAAUCUAUUGGUCCCCAACAAAGCCCCCCUCAACGUUCGUACAAUAAUAAACCCUUCCAGUCCCAGCCAGGUUUGCAACAACCUCAAUAUUCCACCCUGCCCAAUGAAGCCUACCAACAACAGCAGCCGACUUCCAAUUUUGCCAUAGGUCCACAAAUUCUACCACAAACCCAACAAAAGUUGCCCAUUCAGGCCCCAGUACCAACAUUCCAGACUCAUGCCGCACCCCAAAUUCCCUUCUCUACCGUACCACAAUUCUUCCAGCAACAACAGCAUCAACCUACUCUCCAGACAACCCAACAAACAUUUUUGCCACAGACCCAACAAAAGUUACCCCAGGUUGAACAAAACCAACAAUUUGCCUUGACUCCCAACUUGGGUAUACCCGUACCCAAUAUAUUCCCCAAUUUGAGAGCCAAUGUCAAUGUCAAUACCUACAACCAACAACAACAGCAGCAGCAACAACUUCAUCAUCAACAAAUUCAACAGCAGCAGCAACAACAAUUUGGACCUCAAACUUUCCCUGACUUAAGACAGCCCGCCUCUCCCGAGCAGGAAUACAAACAAAAGUUGAUCCAGAAACACGAACAAUUCGUCCAGAAACAAUACGAAAAAUCCCAAAAUAAGGUCAAGCAACAACAUGCCGAAUUUGUGGCCAAGCAGCAGACUAUUAAGCAGCAAGUUUUACCCACCAUAAUUGGCGGUAAUCAACAACAACAGCAGCAGCAAGUCUACAGCAAUCAACAACAAUCGGUGAACUAUAAUCCACCUCGUAGCCGUCCCGUAGGACCAUCAGAGCUACCUUCCUUUGCCUCGGCUGUCCAACAAUACUACAAGGAACACCCAACUACUACCACCACGACAACAACAACUACAACAACCACAACCACACCAUCUGCCCCACCAGCCAGCAAGACCAACUCCAAGUCCGCCUAUGGCCAACUGAAAGCAGAAUUGGGUAAAUAUGGACAAAAGACAACAGCCAAGAAACCAGUGAAAACUUUCGGACGUGAUGAGCUUUUGAAACAACUUAAGGCCGCCUUGGCGGAAACACCUCAAAAGGAAUUGGGAAAUAAGACCUACGAAGAAAUGGAUUUGGUCUUGCCCAAUGGAGAACGUGUCCAGGUUAUCCGUACCACUGAUCCCAAUUUGGUCAAGGGUCAGCAAUCCUAUACCCAUGAUCAAUUGCAAAGCUUGUUUGGUGAUCAAAACAUUGAAGCUGUUGUGGGAGGAGGUAGUUCCUCCAGUGGAAAGUUGAGUCUAAGCGAUAUUGCCCCAGAAACCAAAAAAGAUUUGGUUCUUCCCGGCGGUGGCAAGGUACAAAUUCUAAGAUCACCCGACCCACAAGAGACCGUAGAUCCACAAAACUUACCAGGUGGUGUAGAUCUUUCCAGUCUGGCCUCACUGUACGGGGGCAGUGUGGAAGGUGUGUCCAAUGGUGCCAAUAGCAUAGCCAGCACUGCUGUUAUACAGUCGGACUCCGAUGAGCCACCAUCUCUAGAGGAAUUAGCUAAACGUGGUCUGAUCCCAGAGGGUUAUGAAAUUGAAGGUUUGAGUUCACCCUCGAAACCCAAGGCCCAACCUAAGCCAGCACCCACUUUACCACCCAAGAAAAAGGCCACCUAUGUUUAUUUGGAAGAACAGGCUGAUGGUAGCUUCAAAAUCCAGGGAGUAAAGGCCAAUGGCGAAAAGGAAACCAAACAGACAGGAGCUGAAGUGGAAAGCAUCUUGGAACGCAUACGCAGCGGAGAUAUUAAAUUGCCACCCUCGGUGACCCGCUUGACUUUGCCCAAUGAUGAAGUGGUGGAAAUUGAAUCGGGCAAUAUUGUAAAGACCACCAAGAAGCCACCAACUACAACAAGCACAACUACCACAACAACAACCACUACCACCACACCCAGACCACAGCCAGCAUCAGCCACCAGGGCCACAACCUAUAGACAUCAUUACAAUUUCAAGACCACCAAUGCCUAUCAUCCCUCAACCACCACCCAUGCACCCUAUACCCAUCGGGCCAGCACUCGACAUUAUGAUCAUCAUGCUGUGUACAGGCCAACAUCAGCCUCACGUUACACCACAGUGGGUACACCAACUCCGGCAGUUGUGUCCUCAACUCCCUAUGACCCCAUCACCGAACAUUAUGUCGAAACAACCGUUGAUGAUCAGCAAGCUGUCCAAUACACCGACACUUUGGUUGAAGAAACUGAACACAAAGAAAAAUCUUCAGAUGUUGAUUCGCAAUCGGCAAUUUCCAUGGCCUUGAGUAGCCCGGCCUCAGCAACAGCCUCCACAACAACAACCACAGUCUCAGGAUCAAGUUCCAGCUCAAGCUCCACCACGACAACGACAAAUGCCAGUGAAGAUUUAAUACAAAUCCUCAAAUCGAAUGGAUUAUUUGCCAUGGCCAAAUAUCUAAGACAAUCGGGAUUGGAUAGUAUUCUAAAUGAAACUGGACCCUAUACGAUAUUCGUGCCCACCGACAAAGCUUUCAAGAAUUUGUUGGUGCAACUAGGAGGUCCGGAAAGAGCAGAAGAGAAAUUCAAGGCCAAUCCAAGACUACUAAGUGGGCUUUUAUUGCACCACGUUAUCCCCGGAGCUUUUGACAUUGCCACCCUGCAGGAUGAGAUGACUGGUGUUUCUUUGGCCGGUACCCAAUUGAGAGUCAAUCAAUACAACAUGCAUGACCAAGAAUGGAAUGAUGUUACACUAACAACCAUCAACGGAGCCAUGGUGGUGCUCAACAAAAAGGACAUUAAAAUACCCCAAGGCAUUGCGCAUGCCAUCGAUCGUGUUAUGUUCCCCUUACCUGUGGGCGAUUUAUUGCAGACUCUACAAUCGGAUAGAGAAAAUCGUUUCUCCACAUUCUUGAAGAUUUUGUACACCUCUGGUUUAUCUGAGAAAUUGCAAAGUAAAGGCAUUAAAACCUACACUGUCUUUGCUCCCGUCGACAAGAGCUUUAAUGACUUUGAAUCGGAUACUUUGGAAAAACUAAUGAAUGACAAGGAGGUGGCAGAAGAAUUCGCCAUGAAACACAUUGUUCCCGGAACUUUGUUCUCGGCUGGUAUGCGUUUCUAUCAAGUCAAGGACUCAUUGCUGACCGGUAAAACAGUUAUCUUGCAAAAGACCUCAGCUGGCAAAAUUAAGGUCAACGAUGCCCAGAUGAUCACCUCAAACAUACCAGCCACAAAUGGCGUCAUUCAUGCCUUGGAUGGAGCGCUGGCGUGAGCUUCAAGCGUCAAUUAAUUUAAACAAAAACUAGUGUUUUAAGCUCUAAACUUAAGCUCAUCUAUGAAAAAAGAGAAACAAAAAUUUAGAAAAAUUUCCACUAACACACACACAAACAUCGAUCUUGCCAGUUGUUAUGUUUAUGGGGCCAAGGUGCUUAAAUGAAAGCUUAUGAUUGACACAAAAAAAGAAAAGCUUUUUGGCCUUAAUUCCAUAAAACUUAAACUUAAUCAUUACGAAGACAACUACAACAAAAUCCUUAGGUGCUUCCACGAAAUUUGGUAUUUGUAAUGCUCAGAAAGCUUUGAAAGUCAUUGUAAAAAACGUACUCCACACAUUGAAGCUUUUUCUGCUUAAUGCAAAAUUGCACAAAUCGCAAAAAAUAUACAUUAAUUUUAAUUUUCUUUGUUUAGUUUUUUAAUAUUUAUUUUUUCGACCCGAAAUUCUUUAUGUAUAAUUUUUUAUUUGUUUUUUUGAUUUUAUGAAUUUUUUUUAUAUUUUUUAUACAGACAAAAAAAACAUGAAAAAUUAUAUUAAGUUUUUAUUAAUAUAAGGCGUUUCUAUUAAUACACAAAUUGUACAUUUUUUAUACAAUAAAACGAAUAAAAAUUAAUUAUAUGAAUAAAAAAAU